AUGGUUGGUAGAGGUAGACCUGCUGGUGCUACAAAUGAACUCCUGGAGCGCAUGACCCAAGUCUUAGAGACUUUGGCACAUAACCAGGAGGCUGAACCAGCCGAGUAUAGAGGACUUGCUUCUUUUACUAGGCAUAACCCUCCAAAAUUUGAAGGAAAGUUUGAUCCUGAGGGAGCUCAGAGGUGGAUAGCAGACGUGGAGAAAAUUUUCCAUGCCAUGGGAUGUAGAGAUGAGCAUAAAGUAACUUAUGCUACUUAUAUGCUGAGUGGAGAAGCUGAGAACUGGUGGAGAUUUGCUAGUCAAACUCUACUGCAAGAAGAUGGUUAUAUUCCUUGGGAGACAUUCAAGGCAACCUUCUUGGGAAAUUAUUUCCCUAGAGAUUUAAGGUAUAUUGAGGAUGGUUGA